GACGAAACUAAACAGAGCUCUGUAACCUGGAAGGAUAAAUAAAUGGAUUCUGUAGGACCACUUUUCUUUUUAAAUGAAGGAGGGAAGAGUGUGUAUCUGUGUGUGAUGUGUUUGAAGGAGGAGUGUCAUCAUUUGAAAAAACCCAAAAAACAGUAGUUCCUGUUUGUGAGUGAAAAAGGAAGAGAAGCAGCAUGAACCCACCAAAGCCUCAAUAUGAAAGUCUGUCAAACUUUGCUGUGUUUCAUCUUCCUCAACCUGCAGGAUGGAAACACUGGACUUGCCAACGCUGAAACUCUCGUCUAUGGAGUGGAAGGAGGAAACAUCACAGUCGAAUGUAAAUUUUAUAUCCCCGGAAGAAAGACAUUGUUCUGUAAAGAUAAAUGUGAAAAAGGAAACAUUCUCAUUGAAACAGCUGAUUACACAGCUCAGAGUGGCAGAUACAGCAUUAAAUAUGAAAAAAGUUAUUUCUCAAAGGAUAUUGUGCAUGUGAGCAUCACACAGCUGAAAAAGUCUGAUGCAGGAUGGUACAGGUGCACACUGGACACAAGUGUUCAACCAUGUGAUUUUCAGCUUGUCAUCACAGGAGCUUCCACAACAACAACAACAACAACACACUUCAGUUCAGGAAGCUUCACACCUUCAUCAACCUCUCCUGAAACACCGUCAUCAGGCUCAGAUAAGCUGCUUUACAUGAUCCUGACUCUGGUUCUUAUGAUCAUCAUCUUAUCAGCAACUUUGCUGAUUUUCUACAAGAACAGGAAGGCCAUUAAACCCAAAGCAUUUUCAGGAUCUCCUGUGGAAACAGAGUAUGCCAACAUUACACGGGCCAAGCAAGAAAUAAGAGAGGGGGCCCCACAGAGGAAGGUGGAAAUGCCUUCAAUUUCCACCACUGCCAAAGGCCCCCAACCAGAUGGAGCUGAAAACAUCGACCUCUACAACCUCACCACCUGUUCUCAGAACAAAGCUGAAGACGACAUGAAUAAAGUUAAUUAUGCUGAAGUGGAUUUUUCCCACAUUCCUGCCACCAACAGCGCCUCCCUGUGUAAAACGGAUGAAGUUGUCUACUCCACACCUCUGGUGCAUACCAGCCCUUCCAGCCUCACCACAGAUGCUUCACCUCCUCUGUACUCUGCAGUUAAGAAACAGUAUUAAUGCUGCUGAUGGCACUUUCCCUCUCACAAAGAUCAACAAGUGAUUAUAAUUCAGACAAAACUGAAUGUUCUUUUCUAUUUAUUGCAACUAUUAAUGUCCUUUCAAUCAGUUGAUCUCAGGUUAAAGAUGUUUCUUUAUGACAGCCGUUGAUAGUUUAGUUUAACUUAACAGAAAACUAAUCCUGCUAUUCCCAUUAAUAUUUCCAUUGAAACUUUGUAGGACAGAUUCAAUUAAACAGUUGCAUAAAGCUCUGCAAACUGACUAGUAACACUCCAUACCUGUCCCUUGGGUAGUACAUUGCAUUUAGCUGUUUGAUUUCCAGAUAGUAAUCCUAUAACCAAGCAUGUGUCUGUAAUUAUGCAGCAUUAUUAGAGAUCCCUAAUUGUAGUUAUCAAAAGGCCAUUUUUAUUGUGGCUAACACUCUGGAUAGAGGUUUACCUCAAGACCAUUCUACCUCAACUCAUGCUCCAUAACUUUGGCUAACGGUGUGCAUGGUUGAUCAUUUUAAAAGCAUGUAUUUUAAUCAAAUAUUAGUUUGUUUGUUUUUUUACCAGACCUGAAAAAAACCUGAUACUAAAAAGAAACAAAUUAAGGAAGCUGCAAAACAAAACAAAAGACAAAGAAACUGUUAUUAUAUUAUGUUAUCAUUCCAGUUUACUCUUACCAAAGCCAUCCUGGUCCUGAACAACUUUUACCUAUGUAUAAAAUCACAGCAGAAAUAAACUGUGACCUGCUACAAGCAGGUGGUUAACAAGCUGUCAUGGUGGCUACAUCCAUCUUUCAGAUACAUUCUUUAACCUCCUAGGACCUGGCGUCCACAUAUGUGGAAAAUACAUUUUGGGUUGUCUAGACCAAAA